GAUCACGUGAGGCUGGGUAUUGUCCGCCCUCUGUUUAUUAGUAGCAGCAGAUUCGCUCUGUCCCCGAUCUCCAGCGGAGACCAGCGCCCGCCGCGUGGGUUGUUGUUGCAGGGAGAGCUGAGCUCAUUCCCCUGCGCCUGAAGGCGGCUCCAUCCUGGAGUCUCUGCGUUGAAAGUGCUGCGCCGAAGCUGCAGACAUCUUCACUAGGCCACGGCGGCCGCCGCCGUGUGUGUGUGUGAGGAAUUCCAGCCGCUGAUUCGCCACCAGGCGGAGCAGUCCCCAGAGCGCCCCGCGGUGGCGGGCUGGCUCCGUGAGCAAGCCAGGGCCGCAGGAGCCCCUCCGAGGUGCCGGGCGGGGUGGAAGCAGCGCCGCGCAGGCGGUUCGCGCCCAACUCCUUGGAGAAAGUGCUGCCGCGGAUGGGCAGGUCGCUGGCGCACUCUGCUGGCGGCGGCUUCUCCCGGGUCCGCACCAGUCAGCGGCUGCGCUCGGCGGCGGCGGCGGCGGCUUUCCGGGGCGCGGCCUGCUCUGCACCCGCUGCCGGCCGAGCCCAGCCGGGGCCCCUCAGCCCGGCCGGGGAGACCUCGCCGGGUCUCGGCGCGCAGCGGCCCGGGCCCAGAGCGCUGGUGCGGCGGUGAGGGGCGGGGGCGCCCCCGGGGUAAUGCCGCCUGGGCCCGCAUGAGGAGGGGAGCGGGAGCCCCGGUGCCCCCCGCACGCCGUGCCCGCCCCGCGAGUGCCGCCAUGGAGUGUGUGCAGGUCCCCCCCAUGCAGCCGGGGAGCGCUGCUGAGGGGGACCGGCUGCUGCUGCUGCUGCCGCCCCCGGGACCGCAGGAGGCGGAGGAGACACUAGGCGGCUUUGAGCCCUGGGCUGCCUCGCAGAAGGGAGAGGAAGCUGCUGGAGACCAAAUGGGGGUGAAACUCCAGGAAAGUUUGGGCCUGGCUCUCCUCUCCCAUCUGGAUGCGGAGAUCCUUCCCUCAACACCCAGCUCACCGGCUUCAGGAAACGCUCCCAGCGGGGAAAUGGUGGACCAUGCCACUGUGUCUUCUGCAAAGAGGGACUUGAAGGAGCCGGGGGGCUUAGAUCUGGGAGAGGAGCGGUUACAGGGGACAGAGACUUCUUUGGUCGUGAGCCAUCCACUUCAGGAAGCAUUUUCAGCGAAUGAGGAUGCCUCUUGUAACCCUCACUUGGCUGCGGAGAGGAGAAACUUGCCAGAGGUUGCUGCUAACGCCAGCGGAUGUCCCGGGGGAAAUGAAAAAUGUCUGCUGCAGGCCCCUCUUUCCCCCUCACAGGAAAAGUUGGUAUCUCCACCUUCCUGUAACUCUUCUUUGGACUCAGAAGCUCCAAGUCCAGAGAGUCCAGGGGGUGACCAAAAAGUGGAGGCUUCUCCACCUUCUGAAGAUGGAAAACUCAAGCAUGGGGCAAAGCGGGUAACAUUUCCUUCGGAUGAGGACAUAGUGUCUGGGUCUCUGGAGCCUAAAGAUCCUUGGAGACAUGCCCAGAAUGUGACUGUUGAGGAAAUUAUCAUUGCCUACAAACAAGCCUGUCAGAAAUUAAACUGCAAACAGAUACCCAAACUACUGAAGCAGAUACAGGAAUUUAAAGAUCUGUCUCCCAGGAUAGAUUGCUUGGAUCUAAAAGGAGAAAAACUAGACUAUAAGGCCUGUGAGGCACUGGAAGAGAUUUUCAAAAGGGUCCAGUUCAAAAUAGUUGAUUUGGAGCAAACAAACCUGGAUGAAGAUGGUGCCUCAGCAUUAUUUGACAUGAUUGAGUAUUAUGAGUCAGCAACGCACCUCAACAUCUCAUUUAACAAACACAUCGGCACCCGAGGCUGGCAGGCAGCUGCACAUAUGAUGAGAAAGACUAACUGUCUGCAGUACCUGGAUGCUCGGAACACUCCUCUGCUGGAUCACUCGGCGCCAUUUGUUGCUCGGGCUCUGCGCAUCAGCAGCACCCUGGUAGUGUUACACUUGGAGAACGCCGGCCUUUCUGGGCGCCCGCUCAUGCUACUAGCAACGGCUCUGAAAAUGAACAUGAACCUACGGGAACUGUAUCUAGCCGAUAAUAAACUGAAUGGAUUGCAGGACUCUGCUCAGCUCGGCAACCUGCUAAAAUUUAACUGUUACAUACACAUAUUGGACCUGAGGAACAACCACAUCCUAGAUUCAGGCUUGGCAUACAUCUGUGAGGGCCUAAAGGAGCAACGGAAAGGGCUGAUCACUCUGGUUUUGUGGAAUAACCAGCUGACUCACACUGGCAUGGCUUAUAUGGGGAUGACACUGCCUCAUACACAGAGUUUGGAGACCCUGAACCUUGGUCACAAUUCCAUUGGGAAUGAAGGUGUUCGUAAUCUGAAGAAUGGACUCAUUGGAAACCGCUCUGUGCUCCGAUUAGGCUUGGCUUCUACUAAACUAACAUGCGAGGGUGCUGUGGCGGUAGCAGAAUUCAUUGCAGAGAGUCCAAGGCUCCUUCGACUAGACCUGCGGGAGAAUGAGAUUAAAACGGGGGGUCUGAUGGCAUUGUCCUUGGCUCUGAAGGUCAAUCAUUCUCUGCUCAGGCUGGACUUAGACAGGGAGCCGAAAAAGGAGUCUGUUAAGAGUUUUAUUGAAACACAGAAGGCUCUUUUAGCUGAAAUCCAAAAUGGUUGCAAGCGCAACUUUAUUCUGGCCAAAGAGAAAGAGGAGAAAGAACAGAAACUUCAGCAAUCUGCCUCUAUGCCAGAGAUCACCAUCACCGAGCCGAUUGAGGAGGGACCUGUGGAAAACAGCCAAGAUGAUGGCACAGCAGCAACACCCGAAGGAGAUGAAGUGGGGGAGACGUUGGUGUCCAAAGAGAACAGGCAUACAGACAAGGCAAUAAACAGUGACAAAGAUGGGGUGACGUAUUCAGACUCUGACACAGAUGAUGAGGUAGACACUGGGUUAGUGACUAAAGAUCUCAGUCAAUCACAGAAACAACAUGAUUCUGUUCAUGUAGAUCAUGUGCCCCAGACAUUUUUUUCUCCUGAAAAGACAAGGGAUGCACCUAGCUCAGAGGACAGAACUGCCUCUUCAAACAUGGCUGAAGAAACAAACUGUGAGCCCAAAGGAGGGGGAAGCAAAGGGACUAUACCAGGGGCUCAGGCACAUGCUCUCUCUCAAGGAAAUGAGAGGAGAAUUUCUGUUUCCAGUCCUGGGCGAGGCCAUAAAAUCUUUGUAGUGACACGAGUGGAAAAUCUACCAGAGAAAAGAGCAGAAAACACUACACGGCUGAAGGAGAAUAUGAGUGACCUGCAAGGCAAUGCAGUGAAUCAGUCUAAACUGAUUGCGCAAACCCUACCUAUGAAGACUGAAUUUUUGGACUUGCAGGCAAAUGGGACUGUUUCCAAGUUGGCUGCGAACUUGGAAAAUGCACCAUUGGCAGGAACCCCUGGAUCAGUUUCAGAAAAGAUGAACUCUGGGCCGUGUGAGAAUACAGUCCAUGAAACUCCACUUCCUAAUGGGCUGAAGACAGAAUUUGUUCAUGCGCUACCAGAUACGUCCUCAGGUGGUGCUGGGAAAAUGGGGAGCUGUGCUGUCGAGCAUGAAUUAAACUGUUCCAAGAAUGAGAAGGAGCUUGAGGAAUUGCUCCUAGAAGCAAGUCAAGAGACAGGGCAGGAGCCACUGUGACACUUUAGCUCCUCUGGGUCGAUCUACGUUGAGCUGAGACUGUCUUGGGACGUGCCUGUGUAGCUUUAUUCCCUUUCCACUCCACAUGAUUCAGAAGAACCUUGGUCUGCAGUACAGAGGUUAUUCUUUUUCAAAACCAUGUGAUAUUUCCUGCCCUAGACACUUUUCCCCACAUUCUUGACGCUGCCCUAUAAGGAAGGACUCGGCUAUUUUCAAGAUGAUUCAGGAAGGGAAGGAGAACAGAGAGAAAAUCUUACCAAAAGAGUGAUUUCCCUACCUGAUUCCAAGGUGAGCUCUGGCACCUGAUGGAAACGACACUACUUUCUGACCUUCUGUAGACACUACCUGAUGCAUUUGCAUUUUUCUUUCUCUGUUUCUCUGGAAUUACCACUGUUACUGAGUAAUUUGUAAGGAGAAGAUCUCCUCAAUCCUGGAGACCGGGCAUUGGACAGAAAUAUUCUCCAAUUCAAAUGGGAGAUUAAAAACCCAGAGCCUCAUGGUUCAGGCCUGGGAUUGCUUUCCACACACUACAAGUAUCCCAGGUCUCUGAAGGCUAGUUUAAGAAAACUGUUUUCUAACAUGGAAACCUGCUAGCAGAAUGGUUGCACAUGAUUGUGUCCCUGGGAAGCAUGGCACUGACAAGCUGUAGUCACCUGUUGAGACUUGUAUUGCCAGACAAGCUGUCCAGGGCAGGCUGCAUCCACAGCCACAAUGGUUAUUUAUUUUAAAUUCCUUUUUUAGGUAUAUAUUUAUCAUGAGCUUCAAAGUACUGAACAGGAUUUAACUUAGAAAACAAUGUAGAAUUACUUUUAGUCUAACCUGCAGCCUUUUUGGAACUUUACUCCUGGUUUGCAGAACUCUGCCAAAAAGCACCAUCAGAAAUACCUUCCCGUGCAAAUCCUACACAGAACACCACACUGACAUAACUAGCCGGCGUGCUUGUGCACACACACACGCGUUUGUGAGAUCCACAUUUCAGGGGACUCCCUGCCUGUGAUGCGUUCAAGAGGCAGAACUAAUACCCUUGAGGACGAGGUGAAAUUCCUUACAUCGUUGUGUCUCUCUUGGGGGAGAAGGAAUCAUCAUGGCUGAGUCUAUUCUAGUUUCCUAACUUUAUAAGCUUCAAACAGAAGGACAAAUUACCCCCUUUAGCAAGGUUUUCUCAAAGCCAUAUAGUAUGGAACUGACAGUGUGAGAGAGAGAGGGAGGGUGGGAUGGAGCUGACUCAGUCAUCUUCAUUUGGGGGCUCAUCCAGCAAUCUAAUACUGAGCCAGAGGCAAAUAUGCAGUAGAAAUAGUUGGAUCCUCUACAUUUUAUUACAUUAAAGGGAGUCUAGGAUCACCUGGUUUGUUUAAGUUACUGCCGUCCUUCUGUUUUGGAUUUUCCAACUCCUUUUGUAUUUGGCUGAGGAAAGAUUCAGGGGACAUGUUACACCAUUAAAAGAUGAACAGGAAUUUGACUUUUCAUGAUUGUGUAAGUAGCUUUCAUUUAGCUGGUCAGCGGGCCUUCUGAUUCAGUGUAUACAAUCUUGCUUUAGAGAAUAUGUGCCCCUUUUACCAAAGGUUUUUCGGGAUGAAUUUUCAAUUCUGCAUUGGAACAUGCUCCAUUCCAUAAAUUGUGCUUAAUACAGAGAAUCCCAGAGGCUGUCACACCUUUGAUAGGACGAAUAUACCAUUAGAGGUGCCUUUCCUUUACUCUUCUUGCCAAGGGAAGGAAUCCGUUUGCUCUGGAAAAGGUGUUCAAUUUUCUCAGGGAGGGUUCUCUCUCAAUGUCCCAGGGCUUGUGAGAUUCUGCUGGCCGAGCACUCUGGUAUCGAGAGUGUGGAAUGGGUCAUUAUUUUAGGCUGCAAAGUCCCACUGCAACAUACCACACCCUGCAUAAAGCAUGACACCCAAAGAGGCCAUUAUUCCGAAGUCACUAUUACAAUGAAAGCCAGAAUUUCCAGAGUGCAAAUCCAAAUGAAUGGAAUGCCUGCCCUGUACCUACAGCCAGAAAGAGGAGCUGGCCUGUUGGGGAGGAACCAGCAGUUCUAAGGCAGCAUUGAGGUGUUGGGCAGAAGGCUUCAAUAUAGCACAUGCAAGAGGAACAAUCAAGGAAGGGAAACAAAAUUAUGCAGCAAACCUUUUUUUAUCGUGUAGCAAGGCCUGUUAGCGUAAAGUCCGAAUGAUGUGGGUCAUAAGAGAUUGAACCAUCUUUAUUCUUGAGUUGGAGAGGAAGGAAGACUCGGUAGGUUAAAUUAGGUCUUGAACUACCAUUCUGGUUCAAAUCCACGAGGAAUGGCAGACAGACCCUCCCACCAGCCCCCAAAAAUGGUUAUCGGAAGAGAAAUAUUUCUGUAUAUGUGGAUUACUGCUCUGCUAUGAAGAGAAACCUCGGAAGGAAACUAUGGUACUAAUCUGUAAUUUAACAAAUUUAUUGUAUAAACUGACCAGAGAAACAGCCUAGAGAGGGGGUUGUUGGGUAGAACUUAAGCUUUUUUUUAUUUUUUAUUUUUUCUUAAGUGCAAUAAAUCUAUCAGGGAGCUGUGAGGGCACUUCAUUGCAUGGGAAUCAAGGCUGGAGAUGCAGAAAUUUUAGCUCUUCGUGCACUGAAACUGAAUCACAUUAGGAAUUUGCUGCAUUAACACGACGUACAAAGGAUGGUGAUUUAUUUGCUAAUGUUUGUCAUUUCUUUCUGUUGUGUAUUUUUGUUAACACUGUUUUCUAUUAAAUGAAAACUGCAUUCGUCACUGA